AUGUCAGGCGACGACUCAGGCCAGUGGACGGAUGAGGACAGCCACGAACUCAAACGCGUCAAGGUCUACGAGCUCAUCGGCUCGCGCUGGGUCGACCAGGGUACGGCUUUUUGCUUCGGCGACUUUCAGGACAAUGAAGCCCUUUUAAUCGCCCGUGCCGAGGCCGACUUCAAUCAUAUCAUUCUCUCCACCACCAUUCGAACCAACGAUGUCUACCAGCGACAGCAAGAUACACUCAUUGUGUGGACUGAACCCGAUGGAGUUGACUAUGCACUUAGUUUUCAGGAUCCCGAGGGCUGUGCUGAGGUGUGGCAUUUCAUUCAGCAGGUUCAGAGACAUUUGAACAACCGAGACGAAGCGGGCCUUUCGUCUUCUCCUCUCAUAGGUCCCGAGCCGUCCAUUACGACCACUAGCAUAAUUCGGUCUGGACACCUACCGCCACCUCGGCUGGGAAUCAUGGGGGAGAUUGAGAGGGCCAUCAAAACGCUAGCGAGAACAAAUGCAUAUAAGGAACGCAUAUGUGAGUACAUACAGACAGAGGAAUACAUUAAAGGCAUGGUGGAGGUCAUGAAUCAAGCAGAAGAUCUCGAGAGUCUAGAGAAUUUACACGCACUCUGCUCAUGUAUGCAGGCCAUUCUCAUGCUCAACGACCACAGUCUAUAUGAACAUAUACUGGAAGAUGACAUUUUCUUUGGCGUUGUCGGCAUGCUAGAAUACGACCCAGAGUUCCCCACCUAUAAGGCAAAUUAUAGAGAGUUCCUUCAUCAGACCUCUCGCUUCCAUCAACCGGUCCCUAUACGCGACGAGAUCAUUCAGAAGAAGGUACACCACACGUAUCGUCUACAGUUCCUCAAGGACGUAGUUCUCGCUCGCGCGAUAGACGAUUCCACCUUCAACGUGCUCAAUUCGUCCAUUAUUUUCAACCAAAUCGACAUCAUCAAUCACGUACAAAGUGACAUCGUAUUUUUGCACGAGGUCAUCAGUUAUUUUGUUGACGACGAGGUGGCUACCAUGCUCGGGUUUGAGCCGAGGUCCAAGGAUACGCUGAAAGAUGUGGACAAGAUGGACGUCGAUUCGCCAGAAGUAAAGACCAACAGCGCAGCGUACCGUAACGGGAUCGACAACUCUUCACGUUCCAAGCCCCUUCCCGAUGAAGAAGUAGAACACAAACGCGAGGUCGUAUCCUUGAUUCAGCAACUGUGUGUCAUGGGUAAGAAUGUACAGCUUCCAGCGCGUAUGGCGCUCUUCAGGACCCUUGUGGACCGUGGGGUCCUGUUCGCUGUUCAAUGGGCGCUCGCACAGCCCGAGACGGGCGACAAUGGACGCCUGAUGAUCGCUACUGCCGGUGAAAUCCUCAUCACGCUGUUGGACCACGAUCUAAACGGAGUACGCGGUCACGUGCUCCGGUUCAUCGAGGCGGAGAAGGGAAAUGGGAAGAAAGCCGUAGAGAAAGAGACUAUCCUGGAACUCAUGUGUCGGAUCAUGGUGAAGAGCCGGGAACUUGAUGUCCAAAGCCAGGUGGGCGAGGCGUUGAGGACGCUGCUCGAGAUCCAGCCAGAUACUCCCGAUGCGCACCCGGCGGUAGGCAUGAAGAUGCUGCAGCGCGCUAAAGAUGACCCUGGAACGGAACGGUUUAUGGAAUAUUUCUAUAAGCAUUGUGCUGAGAUACUGUUCAGGCCGCUAUCUGAUCUUCCUGACUACAAGACUGUAACCGACUCACCAAUCUCCUUCUCGCGGGAAAAGGCAAACCUGUACCUCUAUCUAUGUGAUCUACUUUCCAGCUUCACGGUGCAGCACUCCUUCCGCAGCCAUUUCUUCAUCCUUUCCUCCAAUCAUGCACCUCGAAUAGCGUCACUGCUCAGCACCCGCGACAAACAUCUCCGUCUCGCCGCCUUCCGUUUCUUCCGUGCCUGCUUGAGGCUCAACAAUAUCAAUAUCUUCAAGCACCUCAUCAAGCAUGAUGUCUUCCAACCUAUCCUUGAUCUCACCAUCAGCGAGUCUCGGCGAGACAACCUGCUCAGCGCGUCGUGUCAAGAAUUCUUUGAACACAUCCGCAAGGAUAAUCUGAAGGAUCUCAUUGAGCACUGUAUGAUACGACAUGAAGCCAAGAUCAAGGCUCUGGCGGAGACACAUCUUGGAGGUCCUCGGUUCCAUAACUUCAUCCGGCGUUGGGAGAUGAAUAUCGCUCCGCCGCCCGAGGAGGAAGAAAAGAUCGAGAAACCUAUUCCACAUUCUGUACGCCGCUGGGGGCAGGGCCGAUUACUCGAGACAGAGGAAGAAGACUACUUCAAUGCCGACGACGACGAAGAGUUUUCGCCCGUCAUCAGCUCGCCGCCAACACGCGGCAUUGGCCUCAAACGAAAACGCAUGCGUGGCGGCAGUCUACCCGGGCGCGUCUCGCGACCGCCAAUGCCAUUGCAGCCACUCAGUGCACUGGUAGCGUACGACGACGGCGACGACUUGGGCGGACUCGGGCCAGUCGAAGACAGCGCACCCACUCCAAGUCCAUUACCACGCGCCCACCCAAUGUCCACUGGCUACUUCUCCAGUGACCGCCCCCCUCAUGACAUUCCCGCUAGCCCCCGUAUAUCCCACAAACAAAUUUUGUCUAAAACUACACCAUCCGAGCCUGCCAACGAAGACGAUCUCCUUGACCAGCUUUUCAAGGCGAGCGAGGCUGGGCGGCCACCAGAUUUGGCUGGUGCGAAGCGACGGCGAGAGGACGACGACGACGAGCUGUUGGAGCGUUUGGCGAGUAGAGCAAAGCGUCCGAGCGUUGGGCCCAGCCCCGAGAGAGGGAAGGAGAAUGCGGAGUCGCCGGUAACUGCGAAGGCAGCGCCUGCGAGAAGUGCCGAGGAGGGUCCUAAAAAGAUAAAACUAAAGUUUGGGGCAGUGGGUGCGGCGGUGGCAUCGGCCACAUCGCCCUCUGCACCUGCUUCUCCUUCAAAUCCUGGCAUUAAGGAAGGGGACAAUGGCUAG